UUCCGCCGCACGCCCCGCCCCGCCGCCCUCCACUUCCGGCGCCGCCGCCAUGGCCUCAAGGUUACUGCGGGUGCGCUCGGCCCUGCGGCUCCUGCCCGCCCGCGGCCUGGCCGCGCCCGGCGGCCUGGCCACCGAUGAGGAGCAGGCGACGGGGCUGGAGAGGAAGGUGAUGGAGGCGAUGAACAAGGGCCUGGACCCCUACAGCAUGUUCCGGCCCAAGCGCUACGCGGGGACCAAGGAGGAGCCCAACCUGGUUCCCUCCAUCAGCACCAAACGCAUCGUGGGCUGCGUCUGUGAAGAGGACAACAGCUGCGUGGUCUGGUUCUGGCUGCACCAGGGGGAGCCCCAGCGCUGCCCCUCCUGCGGCGCCCACUACAAACUGAUCCCCCACGAGCUGCCCCACUGAGCCCCCCGGGUCACACAACAGGGGGGCCCAUGGGUCACACUGACCCCCCCCCCCCCCCCCAGCACCCAGUGGGGGUCCAUGGGUCACCCAGCACCCAAGGGGGGGGCCCACGGGAGUCACCCCCACUUCUCUCUGUUGUGUGUGACACCCCCCCCCAUAUAAACAGUUUGUGUGGUGAGA